GGGCUCUACACUGCGACCAUUUCAGUCGCAUUUGCAUUGGCUUGCUGACUGACUUCCGGACUCCUGCGAAUUUUCAUAUCAUAAACUACAAAGUGCAGGUGUGCCUACAGUCUUUGUCCUGCCUUGGUGACCACCUUCACUCUCCUCUAACCGUGCACGUGUAAGAGAAAAUGGCAGGAACGAAUAUCUCUGUGGAUAAAGACCAGUUCUCUUGCUCAGUGUGUUUGGACGUGCUCAGGGAGCCGGUCACCAUCCCCUGCGGACACAGUUAUUGUAUGGAGUGCAUUAGAGGUUACUGGAGGAAAUGCGAGUUGAAAGAGGAAUACAGCUGCCCUCAGUGCCGACGCACCUUCAGCCCCAGACCUGCGCUGUAUAAAAACACUAUACUGGCUGAAAUAGUAGAGAAACUAAAGAAAACCAGCAUUCAAGAUGCUGGUGGGAAAGCAGCGGAUGCUGAAUGUGACGUCUGCACCGGGAAGAAACAUCGAGCUGUUAGGUUUUGUGUGAAAUGCCAGGCUUUUUAUUGUGAGAUGCACCUGAAAGUUCACAAUGAAAGAAAUCGCGGCAGGACGCAUCCUCUUGCUGAAGUGACAAAACAACCGCAAAAAAGGAUGUGUUCGCGCCACAAUAAGUGUCGGGAUGUUUACUGCCGCACAGACCAACAAUGUAUUUGUAGUUUGUGCUUAAAAGACGGGCACAAGGGGCACAGCGUGGUGUCCGUGAAGGAGGAGAGGAUGGAAAUACAGAAACAUCUUGAGGAAGCGUUGAAGAAGUCAAAACAGAGGUGUAAGGAACGAGAGAAGGAACUCCGAGACAUUGUAAAAUACGUCAAGCGUUCAGCACAUGCAGUUGAGGACGACAGCGAAAAGAUCUUCACCAGACUGCUGCGCUCCAUCGAAAGAAAGCAUACGGAGGUGAAAGAGCUGAUCAGAGUUGAGGAAAGAACAGCUCUCAGCCAGACGGAGAAGCUUCUGGAACGCCUGAAUCAACAGAUAGUUGAACACAGGAGAGGAGAAGCCGAGCUAGAGGCGCUUUCAAACACUGAGGAUCAUAUCCAUUUCCUACAGAACUAUAAGACGCUCUGCGCUCCUCCUGACAGCGGGGGUCAUCCCAGCAUCGACAUCCAUCCGUAUUUCUCUUUGCUGAUAUUGAGAAAAGCUGUUGCAGAGCUGAGAGAUAAAGUCAACGAAGUCUGUGACAGAGAAUUGACAAAGAUCGAGGAAUUAGUUGAUGAAGAGCACGAUCACUCAGCUGAAAACUCCCUGAGCUGUUCGUUGAACACUGAUACAGCCCAUAGACAUUUACAGCAGACUGAGCCGAGGACCAGAGGAGAUUUCUUACAGUACUGCUGUGAUUUGACAUUAGACCCAAACACCGCCAACUCUUUCCUCCGCCUGUCUGGAGACCGUACAGAGGUCACGACUGACCACGAGCCUCAGCCGUAUCCCGAUCACCCAGAGCGCUUCAUCAGCUGGGCUCAAGUCUUGUGCACCGAAGGUCUGUCUGGACGUUGCUAUUGGGAGGUGGAGCGGGGAGGCGGUGGAGCAGUUUCUAUUGCCGUUUCCUACAAAACUGGAGGGAACAUGGACCAAAAACUGGGAUGCAGCUCAAAAUCAUGGAGCUUAGAUUUUUCAGAUUCUCUUUGUUUGUUCCGGCACAAUAAGUUUAGUGUUGAAAUACAAACUCCAGCUCCGCACAGAGUUGGCGUGUAUCUCGAUCACGGGGCUGGAACGCUGGCGUUUUAUUGCAUAUCUCUGGCAGACGAUACUAUGGUUUUGCUGCAUCGUGAGCAAACCACUUUCACUCAACCUCUCUAUCCUGGUUUCUGGGUCGGACUUGGAUGCACUUUGAAACUCUGUCGAACUUUCAGCUUUUCAGCUUAGUUACGCGUUCUCUGCUCUCAUUUUGUUUCAACAAACAGUUCACCCAAAAAUCAAAAGCAUUUCAUUUGCUCACCUUUGUGUUCUUCUCUUUUAGAGGCUAAACCGCCCAUGCAACGUUAUGAAAAGUA